AUGGCCAAGAUCAAAAAGAGAGGAGAGGCGGGUGCGGCCAAAAACUACAUCACCCGUAACCAGGCGUUGAAGAAGUUGCAGAUCACUUUGGCUGAGUUCCGUCGACUAUGCAUUCUCAAAGGUAUUUUUCCUCGUCAGCCACGGCAUAUCAAGCGAGCCAACAAGGGCUCGACAGCGCCUACCACAUUUUACUACACCAAGGAUAUCGCCUACCUGCAGCAUGAGCCAGUGCUCCAGGCGUUCCGUGAGCACAAGGCAUUUGCAAAGAAAGUGAACCGUGCUAUUGCUCGUCGCGAAUGGUUUGCCGCCAAGAACCUUCAUGACAACCGUCCCCAGUACCGUCUUGACCAUAUCAUCAAGGAGCGGUAUCCGACAUUCGUCGACUCGUUGCGUGAUUUGGAUGACGCACUGUCGACUUUGUUCCUCUUUGCCAACAUCCCAUCGCAAAAGACUAUUGCCCCUGAAAUCACAACAUACUGUGCGCGUCUCUGCACAGAAUGGCAACUGUAUGUGAUGCGAACGCAUUGCUUGCGAAAGGUAUUCUUGAGUAUCAAAGGUAUAUAUUUCCAGGCUGUGGUACAUGGCCAGGAGAUUACAUGGCUUGUGCCGUACAUGUUUACCCACACCAUCCCAACAGACGUCGAUUUUCGCGUGAUGAUGACAUUCUUGGAGCUGUACCAGACACUAAUGGGCUUUGUCUUGUACAAACUUUACACGGAUGAAAAUCUCGUGUAUCCGCCUAAACUAGAUGAGAGUCUGGAUGACCAGGGUGCUGGCUUUGGCUCGCUUAUGCUUAUGGCAGCCGAUGCUGAUAUGCUCUCUGGCAAAAACAACCUGCAAAGUAUGGAAUCCACGGCGGCUGCUGAAGCUGAGAAGAAUGCAGCUACGAAGAACGACGGCAAAAAGCUGUCAACACGCGACGUCAAGCGUCAAAUUGCGCGUCUGUCGCACACACAGGAAAACCAAAACGAAGACGACGUGCCGGCACUGGACACGAAUGUCGACGACGAGGACGAAGAGGAUGUCAAUGACGCCUUCGUUCCUCAAUCAUCCAAAGAGGAUGCUGAUCAACUUACUACGCUGCAGGAUCUUCAAAAGCAGGCUGGUGAGGAUCCUCUGCCGAUGCUCUUCAGUCGGUAUGUGUUCUACAUUUCCCGUGAAGUGCCACGAACUGUGUUUGAAUUCAUACUUCGUUCCUUUGGUGCCUUGCCGAACAACAUUGGAUGGGACGCUGUGGCUGGUGCAGGCAGCCAGGUGAGCGAAGACGACGAGCGUGUGACACAUCAUAUCCUCGACCGACCGGUGGAAGGCCUGUCACUGGAGCACCCUGGCAGGCGAGUCUACGUUCAGCCCCAGUGGAUUGUCGACUGUGUGAAUGCGCGUAAAGUCUUGCCGACCGAUCCGUAUCGACCUGGCCAGACACUACCGCCGCACCUGAGUCCCUUUGUGGAUGAUCGCGAGGUGGCUCGCCAGGGUGGCUAUGUGCCUGAAGAGGCGAAGAAGCAGCUUGGCUUGGAACAGGAUGAAGAAGCAGAAGAGGAUGAGGAUGAUGAGGACGAAGAAGCAGCAGAGGAAGAGGAGCAGCCUCAGGAGACCGCAUCUCGUCCUGCCUUGGACGCUCUUCUCGCUGAUCCUACAGGAGCUGGUCUAUUAGAGGCGGCCGAGCUAGAGGCGGAAGCUGCGGGAGGGGAGGACGCCCUUCUUGCUUUGCGUGAUCAGCAUGCCAAGGCUCUUAAGACGUACAAGAAGCAGCAGUCGAAGCGUGCACCGCAACUUUCUGAGGAGGCCGAGGCGCGCGAUAUGGCCAAGACGCUGCUAUCUAACAAGCAGCGCAAGCUGUACACACGUGUUGGACAGGCUUCUGGUAAGAAGCAGGAGGAAAAACUGCGUUUGGAGGCCAAGAAGCGUGCCCUGUCCAAAUCGAAAAAGAAGCCGUCGUCGACGUAG